AAUGCUGAAGGAAUCACAAAAUUAAACAGUCCGAGCUCGAGAUCAAAGGGAAUACGUUCAAUAAGCACCCCCAACAACAAAUAACGAAAAAUGUUCGCUAAACUGGUGUUCCUGUUCGCCAUCCUGGCCUUCGCGAUGGCCAAGCCGCAGUACUUCUCCUCCGGCUACGGCUACGGCGGCUACGGCUAUCCCGGCUACUACGGGUAUUCCGGCUACACCCCGUACUCCUACGGAAGCUACGGAUCGUACGGCGGCUCUCCCUAUAACUACGGCUACGGGUACUAUUAACUCGUACUACCAGUUUUCCGAUCUCCACCGAUGAUGUACAUAAUUCUUUAGUUUUUUGUUUCGUGAUAUUUGUAUUAAGUGCACGCGCUUGGUAGAUAGCAUCUAUCAUUAUCAAUUCGAGGAAUCAUCGAAUUCUUUGAAAUGGUAAAGGAACAUAUUAUGUUAAUACGUAUUUGACAUUAUUGUAUUUAACAACCGGGUGCACAAAUUCACUUUAUUAUAUUGAUUU